AAAUUUUCCAUUUCCAUGAUACUAUUCAAGACUUUCAUAAGUGCUGCCUUAGUGGUUUUCAUUAAAGCGAACGAGGAGGUUUAUGACCACACACCUUAUUUGAUCACAGAUAUUUAUGAGACGCGAGAGACUUGUGGAAUAAUUCUAGCGGCUGAAAACUAUCACUCAUUCAAGACCCUUAUAAUCUGGCAUGGAUUAUCUAGAACUCUAUCUGACGAAGGGAUACCCACGCUUAUGAUUAAUUUCAAGCAAUUCGAAGAGAGAUUCGAGUUCUACACUAAACGAACUGUUCGUCCACUCGUUGUCAUUUUUUUGGCAGCCAUGGACGAGGUGUACAGCUUCAGUAAAAUCGCCAAGAAUUUAGAUAUGUCCUGUGCUGUGUGGAUAUUUCUAUUUAACGGAAAUAUCAGCUCGGAUAUCUGUGAAUUUUGUCACAGCCCACGGAGGAAUGUAUUUAAUCUGAGAUAUGGCACAGAAGUAGUUGUAUCAUGCUGUAACUCAACCAUGAUUGAAGAAUGGUGGUCUGUAAUGGAAGGACAUACUGCUAGCCUUGAACUUGGCCGAUGGACUGAUGGGAAUCACGGAAUCCAGUGGUUUUACAAUGAUUCAGUUUAUAACCGAAGACAUUCUAUGGAAGGACAAGAAUUUCGCAUCGCCGCUCAAUCAGUCUAUUUUUGGGAAACAAACGGCAAAUAUUAUGGAUAUCUAGGUGAAUUUCUAGGAGAACUGUCUCAAUCGUUGAAUUUCACGCCAAAAGUGAUCUGGGAAGAGAGUUACGGAACUUGGAAUCCAGAAACAUCGCGGUGGACUGGUGUCGUAGGAACACUUGAGCGGAAUGAAGCCGAUUUGGUACUAUCGGAAUUGCGCAUGACUAAUGAACGAUUAUAUGUAAUGGAUUAUACAAUUCCCAUUGGAGUUGGGGGUACCCGAUUGUAUUCAAGAAAACUUGAUGCUGCUCGUCUGCAUUGGAAUGCUUAUUUCCAGGCAUUUACAGUAGAAGUGUGGAUGGUUAUUGUUGGAUUAAUUUUAACGAUACCCAUUCUUUUAACCCUCAUCACUUAUAAGAAAAAAGACUGUUAUUUGCUUCCACUGGUUUUCGAACGUUAUUUAUGCGUUUGGGGUAUUUACUGUCAACAAGGAUUACCAGAAUUUCCCAAAGAAGCAUCCUUGAGAAUUGUUUAUCUAUCGAUAUUCAUAUCAGCGUUAGUCAGCUCAGGCGCAUAUUCUGCAGCACUCAUAAGUUUUCUCGCUGUCUCCUCUACAUAUUCACCAUUUAAUACGAUAGAAGAAUUUGUGGAAGAUGGUAGUUAUCAACUGAUUGUACUGAAAGAUAGUCCAGACUAUGAUAUGUUCAAGAAUUCUAACCAGACGCUCAUGAAGAAAAUGAUGUCGCUGAUGAAACCGAUAGAUUUGUUGCCUCAAAGCUUUCAAGAAGCAUUUAACCAGGCAUGCACACAACAAGUGGUAUUUUAUACACAUGAAGCUAUAAGACGAGCUAUGGCCAACAGACUACCGUGUGAACUUACUUCUGUAUACACUGGAAAAACCGCAAACUUGGCACUGGCCCUUCCGCGAAAUAGCCAACACAGACAUCUCGUUAAUUUCCAGAUUCGGAGAUUUGGUGACAACGGAAUAUUACAACGAUUGGGUAACAAGUACUUUUCUGAGUAUCAUCGAAAUGAAAUCUGUUACCCAUCAGUGCAUUUUCAAGGAAUCAUACCACUUUUGACUAUGUUAGCUGCUGGGUUCCUGAUUGCUUGCAUCAUUUUCAUCAUUGAAAGAAUUUGCUCUCCGCCUAAGAAGGAGUUGUUCGAUCUAAACAGACGGAGGCGUUGCUAA